GUUCCGGGCGUUGUUCUGCAGCGACGUUAACUACCUUAAGAUGGCAGCGAAAAGAUUCUUUAUUCUUCUGGCAUUGGUUGCGUUCCAAAGAGCUUAUUCAGGUAAGGAAAUUCAGUUUACAGCUCUGCAUCUGCCUUGGUCAUUUUCAAUGUACCCUUUUUUUCGUAUUACAGACAAAAAAAAGCUCUCGUUUCGGCCAUGUUGACCGAGUGCUUUACUAGCCACAUUUUAAAUUUUGCAUUUAAUAAAUGUUCUACGGAUUAUUGGGGCUAACUUGAUCAGUAAAGUUAACUAUUUUGUACUUUUCUUUGCAAAAAUAAUUGCACCGGAAAAGACAGUGAGGCGAAUCAGUAUAUAUUAGUCUCCGCGUUGUUUGUGCCUCUUUAAACCAUCUAUUAACACUGAAAACAAGAGGCGCCAAAAGCUUCGUUCAGGGGCCAUGCCAAAAAGAAACGCUCUUCGUCUUGUGGAGUAUUGAAUAGCAGAAAAUGUCAAACGAAGAGACCCAAGUAUGAUCGAUGUAUGGCGCCCAAAUAGGACAUCUCGAUAUAUGCCUAAAUGUUGGAUUCAACACUUUUUCCUGCUGCUUCCUCACCAUUUCAUACUCUCAGCGCCUAAUCACAUGCUCAGCAAUAAAUACGAGGCGACGUGAUUUGCACCUUUUCAAGUGUUUUUAAGUGCUAUUUUAACACUUCUUUAUUUUAACACUUUUUUUACAGCGCCAGUUAGUUUCAAAUGGUGUGUAACGUCGUCAGAGAGGGCAAAAUGUCAAGAUUUCAUUAAGUACGUGAACGAAAUUGCACUAAACAAAAGUUUGGAUGUAAGUGCCAGCUGUGUUGAGGGAAGCUCAUAUGACGAUUGCGCUGCUAAGAUCAAAGAUAAUAAGGCUGAUCUCGUGACACUGGACGGUGGACACGUGUACGCAGCAGGUAAUAACGUGCAUAUACAUGGGAAAUCCCUGUCGGUAACUUACUUUUGGAUUUGAGCUUUUCUUCGUCGCUGUCGCAAUUUCAAACCAUCUUUGUGUCGUUUGACCCAGUUUCACCUAUCUUAUGAUGCUCUGUUAACCCUUUUCCUGACAAUAUCCAUACAGUGUCAAGAGAUUAGGUUAUGAGAAUUAAUAAAAUGAUCACCGAAGAGAAAACACUUUGAUCGUUCAUCAAAGUCUCUCACUCAUUCUUUAGGGAAAAGUAUGGAGACCAGUUUGGAGAAUUUAUAUGUGGAUAUUGGGACUUAAGGCGCUGCCGUUUGUCUAAAGUUGACCCUAAUAGGGCAUCUAUACUGACAGAGUGAAUUCUAUAUUUUGAAAGCCGACACGCAUUGGGACUCCGGUUAUCACAUAUCAAAAUAAAACUCCUACAAUUACUUCUGUAUUUUACAACCAUUCAGACAUACUAGGCCUGCAGAAUACGUAUCUUUGUUUACAAAAUUUCAGUUCGAUUAGGUUCGCACAGUGAAUGUGUUUUCACCAAGACAAUUUUCAAAGCUUUUGCGUCGCUAAAAAAAUAAAAAAAAAGAUAAAAUAAAAAAUAGAUAAAAAUAGCGGCGGAGAAAGCUGUCACCGUGAAAAUGACUUUUACCCUUUUUAGCGUGACUGCCUGAAUUUUUCAGUCAGAAACUCAGGCUUUGAAAUUAAGGCAAGCUCUAGAAUUCGGCACAACACAUUUUUCCCCUAAAAAAAUCACUUAUUACAAAUCUCACAGAGCUAAACGUGGUCGAUUCUAGGUGAGAGAAAGAGAGAUUGGGUGCCCGAAGGGCAAGGGGGGGGGGGAAGGGGGUGAAUUUUUUAUUUUAUUACCUCUCAAAUUCUUGACGUUAAGUAUUGAAUGGUUAGAUUUUUGUUGGUGAUACAAUGAAAACCAUUAAAAUGGGAAAUAAGGAUUGAUUAUCCAAAAGAUAACUAAUCACAUCUUGUCAAUGAAAAGGAAGUAAUCGGCCAAAAAGCCUCGUUCCCAGGGUUUUUUCUACUCGUCCGAGGAACGAGAGGCGCAAAGAACCCUUGGAACAAGAUUGUUUUUUGACUCUCAAUAUAGGUAAGAACAACAGCCUUGUGCCCAUUGUUGCUGAGCAAUAUGGAAAUUUAAAAUACGGCGUUAAACACUAUGCAGUUGCUGUUGUGAAAAAGAGCAAUACAGGCUUCAACCUUAAAAGUCUUAAGGGAAAAAACUCGUGCCAUUCCGGAGCCCGGACAGUAGAAGGAUGGAAUGUUCCCAUUGGAUACAUGCUGCGUGAAAAGAUAAUAGCACCCGUAAGGUGUGAUACAGAGUUCCACGACUUUUAUUCUGUUGCUAAUUUCUUUGAAUGGAGCUGCGUACCAGGUGAGCUUUGAUUUGAUUUCACUCUCUUCCCAGUGUCGUUAAUCCUGUCGUUGAUCCUGUCGUGAAUCCUGAGUGCAAUUCAUUUAUUCAAAUACUUACUCACGUAUUUUGAGGUUGAAGAAGGUUCGAAAAACCUUAUUCAAACCGGGCUUUUUUUUGCUUACUGCGACCAGGGACGGGGGCUUUGGAGGCCCCCCUCUGUAACUUUAAAACCGCUAAUGAUCAGGCUACCAAAAUUACACAGAAUAAUAGUAUCAAGCAAGAGAGGAUCAAUGCAUAACUUGAUUGACACAGUGACUUUGUUUGACGUCAUUCUGACGUCAUAUUGAAUUAAUUGGCAAAAUCCAAUUUCUUUUCAAAGUAGCCACGGAGUGAAAACUACGUAAGUAGAAGGUGUUUGACAAAAUCAGGCUAUCACAUAAUCUUUAACAAUAGCAGUGGCGUCAUUUCUUAUUAAAGAAGGAACUAGAACCGGAAGCCAUCUUGGAGCCGCCAUUUUGAAUUACUUGAGUUUAAUUACUAACUUACUUACUUACUUACUUACUUGAAUUUCUUUUUACUCAAAAUCCGUAGGAAUAGAGAUAGAUAGUGUAGAGAUUCCACACGGUUGAAAAUGAACCCAGCAUCUGCCAUUUGGUCGUUAUUCAACUUUUUACAUCGGACUCUGAAUUGGCUUGAAGUAGAGAUAAAUAAAUAGACACCUGGAACUGCGACGGUAUACUUAACUUUUCUUUUUAAAGGUUGUAAAUGAAUACUUUUUUGGUUUCUUAGGGUUAAUGUCAUACGAAAUUGCGUCUGAGGAAGUGUCCGACAAACUUUGUGGACUCUGUACCAUUUCUCUCGACGUAUGUUCGGCCUCGAGCUCUGGCAAUGCAUUCACUGGCAACGAUGGAGCAUUAGAAUGCAUGGCAGCCGGCCAGGGGGACGUAGCGUUCGUCAAACACACAACUCUACACGAGGCAGCAGAUAAAAACCCUAAAUGGAACGUGUCGGACUACCAGCACUACCAAUACUUAUGCAAAGACGGGACCAGAGAAGGUAGAUCAGUGGCGGAUCAAGACCUUCAGAUCAGGGGAUGGGGGGGGGCGGGGGGGGGGCAGCUGGGAGGCUAAAAAAAUGCAUACAUCAAAGCCUUCAGUGUUAAUAAGAGUCGAUACAAAAUCAAAUGCAGAUGCCGUUUUGAGUUUGGCGCAAGAUACUCAGUCUCACAGGCUAGUGCCUCACUUCAUCGAGUUGUAUAAAUGCAGGGGUACCGGUCAACUCAUCAAUUCGCCCGGAUAACUCUGUAGUGGACCGGCAGCCAUUUCAUUCCUACUCACUUCAUUCUACCGAAAACGGGUUAAAUAAGGGGUGUCACAAAAUUUAACAAAAUUCAAACGCUGGGACCAAUACGAACAUCCACUUUGUUUGAAACAUAAACUUAACAGUUCAAAACAUUAAAAGUAGGUAUAAAUAACAGAACAAAUACAAAAGGAGGCACAGGUGGAUAAACUUAGAGGUCAAAUGUCCGGAUUGCACUUUUUUUGUCCGUUACGUCUAUUGACACCAAGCCGUUUUGGCUUCGGGUGAGAUUGAACUAGACAGCCAUGGUACAGCCACUUAAGCUCCGAUUUGAUAAGACACAUUGCUAGAAUGCAUACCUCUGACACACCUUACCUCACAUUAAUGAUUAUGACUUUUUUGUUAUCAGAGAUUGGCCAGCACGAGAACUGUUUUCUUGGGUUUGACCCGGCGCAUGCAGUGGUGACAAGAAAAAACAACAAGGACAUCGAUGACAUUGUCACCAUUUUGACCGCCAUGGGCAGGAUUUAUGGCCCCAACCAGACUGACUGGACAAAAUUCCAGCUAUUUAACUCCACAAAGUAUAAAGGCACCAACUUGAUGUUCAAAGAUUCCUCCACCGCUCUAGUGAGCAUCCCUAAAGACAACAGGACCUACCAAGGCUAUCUGGGAGAUGAUUAUAUCAAAGACACCGAAGCACUAAAGACAUGUGAGACGAGCACUACAAAGAGACCAACAUUCAUUUCAUUUACAACCAUCACACCCCACGCUCGCAUGCCCAGUAACGGUUCUAGUUUUAGCAAUGCCUACUAUCUUAUAAACCUCUUUAUAUUUCUUUUCUUUAAGGAUUUAUGAUGAGGCAGGACAGUUUUUUAAUCAUUGUUUUUUUUUCUCCCAACACGAACCAAAUGAGAAAAAGAGAGCGUAGAUAAAAGUUGUUAAUUGCAGUUU